UACCGGGUUACGCAGAAGUGAUCGUUGACCAGCAGCAGCUGCAGCCGCCUCUUUGGGAGGUGGAAUCCGGCGGUGAUGUGUGAGCUGCGGGGCUAGUAUGGAGCUGUGUCUGCGUGCUGUGCUCCUUUGUGGCCUCUGCGCCCUGUCCCUAAUCCCGGGGGCCCCAGGAAUACAGAAUGAAGACCUACGUCCAGAAGAUGACAGCCAGAGAGUAAUGCUGCAGAGCACAGACGCCAUCCCCUCAGCAGUAAACAAUGAAGACGUCCGCGGCUCAGAGAGUAUUCAGUACAAGACUGCGGAGAUUGCAGAUGCGAUGCAGACUACAGACAUACAGGCAGACCCUGCUGUCAUCCUCUCUAUGGUACCGCCGGAGGUGAAGGACAGGCUCGUCACGGAAGCUCCUGACUCUGUGUGUGAUGCAGCAAAGUAUGACGCCAAAUGCAGCGCUAACAAUGAUUCGCCAGCCCCAUCAGAUAACCAGGUUAUAACAAAAACACAGAAUACUGAUACAAGUGCACCAGAGGCGGAACAAUCCAGGGCGGAUGACACGAACACUACCGAUAGCGGUAAGCCCCUGAAAGUCAGCUGCGAAGAGCGCAAUAUCACCGGCAUGGAGAAUUUCACUUUGCAAGUCCUCAAUGUGUCCCAGGACCUUAUGGAGAUGCUUAACCCAAACAGCAGUGAAUGCACCAUGGUCUUGUUCUUCACCCCUUGGUGUCGGUUUUCGGCUUCCCUAGCACCUCAUUUUAAUGCCCUGCCAAGAGCGUUCCCAACUCUGAAUUUUUUGGCACUGGAUGCUUCCCAGCACAGCAGUCUCUCCACACGAUUUGGUACAGUGGCUGUUCCCAACAUCCUCCUGUUUCAAGGCGCGAAGCCUAUGGCCAGAUUUAACCACACAGAACGAACCUUGGAGGCUCUCAAGUCCUUUAUAUUCAACCAGUCAGGAAUUGAAGCAGAGCCGGAUAUUGUGUUGACGGAAGCAGAUCAUGAAGGACCGUUGCCCUGCAACCCUCAGGCUGGCAUCGAUUGGCUGCUUGCUUUCUCCAUACUCUACGUGACCGUCUUCAUACUGUAUGCCACCCUACAGACUGAGAGCAUUCGCUGGCUCAUACCCGGGCAAGAGCAUGAACAUCAGGAGUAACGGCGCAGUGUGAACAAACAGCCGUAGCCUGGCUCGUGCGCCCAGCGCUGUGGGUCUCGGCGUCCCGUCAUUUACCAACCAGUGUGACUUACAGCUUUCAGGAUCAGCCAACUGUGAACUCCUCCGUAGGAAUGUUAUUAAGUUAUUUGUCGGUAGAACUGUCCUAUUCCUGAAAGUGGAAACUGGUGUACAUACAGUAUGUCACCAGCGUUUAUCUCUUAUGGAGAUCCUAUUCUGUAAAUACCACAUAAAACAAUACGGUGUGGAGUUUUC